AUCAGAGCCGGAGGUGCCCUCUGACUAAUAGCCAAUCAAAACGCGGCUGCUGCUUCUUGAAAACAUGUCGCCCAUGAAGCUGUGUGUUCCAGGUGAAAGGCUCUGCAGCACGGAGGACUGUAUCCCCGGUACCGGCACGUAUCUGCGGCACGGCUACAUCUUCGCUUCGCUCGCGGGAUACGUGCUGAGAAAGAACGAGGGAGAGGAGCUCCCGGUGAUUUCAGUCGUUAGAGAGACAGAAGCACAGCUUUUGCCUGACGUCGGUGCCAUCGUCACCUGCAAGGUGACGAGCAUCAACCCCCGUUUUGCUAAAGUCCACAUCUUAUAUGUGGGGUCGACACCACUGAAAGACCGGUUUAGAGGCACGAUCAGAAGAGAAGACGUGAGAGCAACAGAGAAAGAUAAGGUGGAGACGUACAAAAGCUUCAGGCCAGGCGACAUUGUCCUUGCAAAAGUGAUCUCUUUGGGCGAUGUGCAGUCGAACUACCUGCUGACCACAGCGGAGAACGAGUUGGGCGUAGUCGUGGCCCACAGUGAGGCGGGUGAGGAAGCAUUCAAAUAGCAAAGCGCUCAGAUGGUGCCCAUCAGCUGGUGUGAGAUGCAGUGUCCACGCACACACGCCAAAGAGUUUCGCAAGGUCGCACGGGUACAGCCGGAGUACCUGCAGGCCUGAGCCACGCCCACCGUCCCCUUUGACCACACCCACCGGAACACACAGCUUCAAAGACACGCCCCCUCAUGCGGAACUCUCAGCCCAAUAACUGUUAGGAAUUCUAGGUGUGAAUCUGGAUUGGCACAUUCCACACUGCCUGUGAAUACUGCAUUAGUAUCACAUGACCAUAAUCUGAAUGUAGUUGCAUUGCUAAGCAGUAUUCUGGCAUUCCUGAUGCUCUGACACACCUGUGAUUGUAAUAUCACGUUCUGAUAUCCUACAGUGCUUUUGGAAGCAUUGAAACGUGUGGAAUGUCAUAUUUUGUUGAUGGAGUUCCACUUGAAAGUUUAGAUCUUCUUUAAACAUUGAGUUGGAACAAUUGAAUCUUAGUAAACUUUGCUACUUGGCCGCAUUUCUUCACAUAAACAAAAGGAAAUGAAUAAUAUUGUGUAAAGCAACUGAAGCCUUUUUUAGGACCACUGAUAUUUUUGGCAUUGAGUUUCAAAACCAGCAGCUCUUUUCCAAAGUGGAAAACUGGAAGUGUACUAUUGUCACAAUCACAUUCACUGUCACAGUCUUUCACACAUUUGAGGUGUAUAGAGCAAUAACAUUCGGCGGCACUGUUUUCUAACUCUUCGAAGCGCAUGAACUACAAAAAUAGUCACCAGAGAUGAAUUUACUUUUACCUCUUGCUGCUUUUAUUCAAAACAUCUGGAGAUGUCUUAUUUGAAACGUUUUCCUUAUUCUGUCCCUUUGUAACUGUUUUGAGAGGUCAUGUGUUUACAAGAGAACAAAAAUAAAGUGUUUAACAUCA